AUGAAUGCGGCUUUCAUGAAGGUUCUGCGCGAGCGGAAAAACCUGCUUUGGAUGUGUGAUGAAUGUGUGAAGCUUAUGCAAAUUCCCCGCUUCAAAACGGUUAUGUCUUCAGUAAGCUCAGCUGUCUCAUCGAUCGAAGAUAGCCAUCGUGUAGCCAUUAGUGAGCUUAAAGAAGCUUUUUCGGUUAAUAGUAAACAAAUGCAGCAGCUUUCUAAGAAGGUCACCGAGACCGCGUCGACGCCACUAUCUUCUAAAAUAACGUUACGGGAACCGCCACUAAAACGUCGUCGUGAAGAGCGUGUGAUGACUAGCUUGCCGCCCCUCAUCGGCACCAAGUCCACCACUUCACUGACCGUACCGACUGUUCCUCCCCCAAAGGAGCUCUUUUGGCUGUACAUGUCUCGUUUUCACCCUAGUGUAAAGUCCGAGACCGUUACUGAAUUGGUUCGGGACUGCUUACAGUGUGAGGAUCCUAUCAAAGUGAUCCCUCUUCUGAAGAAGGAUGCCGACCUAAAUGCGAUGAACUUCAUCUCCUUCAAAAUUGGUCUGGAUAAAAAAUAUCGCAGUGUCGCACUGGAUCCUGGUACUUGGCCAAACGGUAUUGCUUUUCGGGAAUUUGAUAACCCGAAUUCCAAAAGUUAUUGGGCUCCGCCUAACAAUCAUUCGUUGCUGACUACUCCUCGUAUUGAGGUAACCCCGGUUGGCGAUUUUUUAUCCGCCAACACCGAACCGGGCUCUUCGCAAAUGGAGUCCGCCUAG